GCGCGGCGGCUUCUCCCGGCCGCGUCUUCCAGCGCCGCAGGCGAGUGGGCGGUGCGGGGCCUCCGCCGGGAGCAGAUGGCGCGGCGGCGCGCGGGGCGGCGGCGCGCAGGGAGGGCCCCGCAGGCGAGCACCUGAGGCGGCCGGGAGCGGGCGGCCCCGACGAUGGCGAAAGCGCCGCGCCCAGCUGGCCCACGCCGCUUCAGUGGUGCCCAGUGGCACAUGCAGAAUGUUCUCAAAGACUCAGUGGAGAGCUCCGAUGAUGAAUUCUUUGAUGCACGAGAAGAGAUGGUGGAAGGAAAAAGUGCCAUUCUUAUAGGCAUGAGCCAGUGGAACUCAAAUGACCUUGUUGAGCAGAUAGAAACAAUUGGGAAGCUGGAAGAAAAUGAAGGUGAUUUAUAUAGAGCCUCUUUAAGAAAACAAAGGUUCCCAGCGCAAGGCAGUAUUGAAAUACACGAGGACAAUGAGGAAGGAGUCCAGCACCAGAACUGCAAAACUCAUGUGCUAAUUUUAAUCCUACAUGGGGGUAACAUCUUAGACACUGGAGGUGGAGACCACAGCAGCAAGCUGGCAGACAUUAACACCUUCAGUUCUGUGUUUGAGAAAGUCACCAGAGCCCAUUUCCCUGCUGCUUUGGGACACAUUUUAAUCAGGCUUGUUCCCUGCCCAGCAAUCUGUUCAGCAGCUUUCUCUCUUGUUUCCAACCUAAAUCCCUACAGCUAUGAUGAGAGCUGUCUCAGCAGCAGUGAAGACCACAUCCCACUGGCUGCCUUGCCAUUGCUGGCUGUUUCAUCCCCUCAAUACCAGGAUGCAGUUGCCAUGGUGAUCAGUAGAGCCAAUCAAGUUUACAAUGAAUUUCUCAAAUCUACAGAUGGGGCUGGUUUUAAUGGACAGGUGUGCCUCAUUGGUGACUGCAUUGGAGGCAUUUUGGGCUUUGAUGCCAUUUGCUACAAUUCUAAUACAGCUGAUGAGAGUCGGAACAAUAGCAGGAGAGGAAGCAUCAGCAGCAUCCAGGAUAAUCCCCUCUUAGCAGAGGACUCCAAUCUGGGUGGCAGCAAACGCCUGAGCAAAAGCAAUAUUGACAUCUCGGGAAUCAUGGAGGAUGAGAAGCCAAGGCAGCCAUUGCCUCGGAAACAGAGUGAUUCAUCCACCUAUGACUGUGAUCCUAUAACCCAGCAUCAUGCUUUCCUGUCUAGCAUCCACUCGAGUGUGUUGAAAGAUGGUCCAGACUUUCCGCCUGUGAAUUCCAGUCUGUCAGAAGUAAACCUGGGACGAUUUGAAUUCGAGGUGUCUGAUUUCUUCCUCUUUGGAUCGCCGCUUGGUUUGGUGCUGGCCAUGAGGAGUACUGUUCUGCCUGGCCUGGAUGUAUGCCAGGUCCGCCCAGCCUGCAGCCAAGUGUACAGUUUGUUUCAUUCUGCUGACCCCUCUGCCUGCAGACUUGAACCAUUGCUGGAGAAAAGAUUCCAUCUCCUGCCUCCAUUCAGUAUCCCGCGGUACCAGAGAUACCCAUUAGGGGAUGGAAGAUCUCACCAGUUAGGUGAUGCUGUUCACAAUCACAGUGCUCUGUUCCUUGAGAACAGCUCUUUGAACAUACCUUUCUCUCAGGAGAGUCCUGGAUCUCCAAAUGCAUCUGAUCAGCUGCAGGGAAAAACAAGAAAGUUGAGCUUGGCCAGCACAAAAAGUGAAAACUCAGGGUCAACAGAAAGCUUGCCGUCAGCAUACCUCACCAACAUUACUGCAAAGUGGUGGGGAACAAAACGAAUAGAUUAUGCCUUGUAUUGUCCAGAUGUGCUGACAGCCUUUCCAACUGUGGCCCUGCCUCAUCUCUUCCAUUCCAGCUACUGGGAAUCAACAGACGUUGUGGCCUUCAUUUUAAGACAGGUGAUGAGGUACGAAAAUGUAAUUUUUAAGGAAAAUGACAACUUGGAUCCAGCAACACUAAGUCUGUCCAAUCCACGAGAAAAAUGGCUACGCAAAAGGACACAUGUCAAAUUGAGAAAUGUGACUGCUAAUCAUCGAGCUAAUGACGUCAUUGCAGCAGAAGAUGGUCCUCAGGUGCUCGUUGGGCGCUUUAUGUAUGGCCCUCUGGAUAUGGUGGCUUUAACAGGAGAAAAGGUUGAUAUCUUCAUAAUGACGGAGCCAUCUUCGGGUAGGUGGGUGUACUUUGACACAGAGAUAUCCAACAGCAGUGGCCGGAUAUCCUACAACAUACCCAAACAGAAGAGACUAAGAGUUGGUGUGUAUCCCAUCAAAAUGGUGGUCAGAGGGGACCAGAGCAGUGCUGCAAGUCACUUGACUGUGCUUCCCCGAGGAAUGGAAUGUGUUGUGUUCAGCAUCGAUGGUUCAUUUGCAGCAAGUGUUUCAAUAAUGGGAAGUGACCCCAAAGUCCGAGCUGGGGCUGUUGAUGUCGUCAGGCAUUGGCAGGACCUGGGAUAUCUGAUUAUCUAUAUUACUGGGCGUCCUGAUAUGCAAAAACAGCGUGUGGUUUCAUGGUUGUCACAACACAAUUUCCCACAAGGGAUGAUCUUCUUCUCAGAUGGACUUGUUCAUGACCCGCUGCGACAAAAGACCAUUUUCCUCCGGAAUCUCAUGCAAGAGUGCCACAUCAAAAUCUGUGCUGCAUAUGGUUCCAUGAAGGACAUUUCUGUGUACAAUGUCUUGGCUCUGUCACCAUCCCAGAUCUACAUAGUUGGACGAUCAACAAAGAAAUACCAGGCACAGUGUCAAUUCCUCAGUGAAGGUUAUGCAGCCCACUUGGCCUCGCUGGAGUUCAGUGUCCAUUCACGACCCAAAAAGAACAACUCUCGGAUGAUCUUGAGAAAAGGCAGCUUUGGCCUCCAUUCUCAACCCGAGUUUUUGCGCAAGAGAAACCAUCUCCGCAGGACUAUGUCUGUACAGCAACCUGACCCACCUUCUUCCACCCCCAAGCCAGAGCGUGCUCAGAGCCAGCCCGAAUCAGAUAAAGAUCAUGACAGGCAUUUGCCCUCCAUUGCUUGGGUUCGAGGUGGAGUUCAUAAAUUUGAAUCUGUCCCCUAGGAAGCUUGGGUGCACCCCAUUAAACCUGUAGACAUGCCUCAAAGAUUUAUUUAGGCAGCUUCAAACUAAAGAUGUAAAGGGAAACCUGUACCUCGGAGUCUUCCCUGCUCUGGAAUCUGCCUUCUUACACUAACUGGGGAACUUCCAGUCUGUUCCUCUUGACAUGUUUAUUGGGAAAUUUUAAACCAAUAUAAAACAAUCUCAAGUGCUUAUAACAUCAAAGGAACAGGAAGUAUCUGUAGGGUUUUUUUACAACAGAUAUAAUAAAACGUGCAAUAAGAGAAAAAGCUGUAACAGGCUAAUUUUCCUCAGAAGGACUAUGGUAUCAGCUAACUGGCAGCACCCAAAAUAGUAUAAACAGUAGGUCCAUAGGUUAUAGAGAAGGUUUACGCUUUCAACAUCAAAUAGAUGUUGAUGUUUCCACUUCACUUUUGGUAACGUGAUGAUACACUUUCAAGGGAAACAGUAAUGGGAACUACAAUAAUGGGUGGUCAGGAUUUGUACAGCAAGAUGCUUUUUUGGGUGCCUUAAACCCAAGAUUUCCUUUCUACUUACAGUGUGGGUCAACAGACCCCAAUAUGGCACUCAUGUUCAUGUGAGGUGCUGGACAUCACAUAAAUGGGAGGACUGCACUUAUGAACCAAAUCAUAAAAUCUUCAUGUUAGAAAUAAAUGUGUCCACCACAGUUUGAAGUGGUUAGUCUUGCUGUAUACGGAGUAAUGCGCAAGUGUGCAAGGAUCACAUUGUUUUGUGGAACUUUGUGACUGUGCAAAAUGUGUGGACUACUCUGAGUACGGAGAUGGUUCUGACCAUCUCAGUCCAAGAGACAGAUCCUAAGAUGGUAAGCUAAAGGGAGAUGUUUUACUAAGGGAUCUGCAAACUUCAUAGCAAUUACUUUUUUCAUUAUUCUGAAGUAGAAUCUUUACACUGGAAGAGAGAAAAAGUGAUGGAAUUCCUAUGGGAAGUUGUUUACCUUCUCACUCUUUAUAGCAGCUGUUGUAACAAUCUGUAGCAUUCCGAUUUACGGCAUUUGACCUUCAAAGAACGGACAUGCCAAAUUACAGAUGCCAAAUAGAUGUUUUCCUACUGAUUUAAAUUUGUCUCACAUCUCUCAAUGAACUUACUAGAAGUAAAAUGUGUGAAUUUUUCCCUAAAUGGUAAGAUUUCUAAAGUGUUGUUAGUUUAACAUAGUAGCAGUUUGCAGAUUCUUCAUGCAGAUCCUUCCACUGCACUCAUGACUGAAACAUGUUUUAAAACCUGCAAUGAAGAUACAAGUGCACAUAAACCAGCUUUUCUUUGAAAGUUAAAACCAGACUGUUGGCACUGAGAAAGCUUGAAGUCAGUGGGAGAUUUCUUUUUUUCAGGUUUGCUUGAUUUAUCAGGGAGUUGGGGCGGAGGGUGUUGUGCCUCCCUCUCGUGUCCUCCCCACCUUACUGUCACGUUUUCCUAGUCCAUAGCUAAACCAGAAACAAUGUCUCAUAAAGUCUUUUAAGUAAUGAUUUUGAAAGUUUACAUGUAAAGCAAACAAGAAAUGUGAUGGAAAACUAUUAAGACAGUGCAGAAGUAAACCUAAGUUUGUGCUCUCUA